AUGUUGAGGAGUGCCUCGGUAGAUGGCUCCGGGAGGUCGAGAUCCGGUGAGGAGCAGAACACCGGAUGGAAGAUAAAACAAGACACUAAAGAAAUUCGGGUCAUGUACCGAGAAGGGCCGGAGGGCACCCCUUUUCACACACUUCUUGCCGAAGGAUAUGUUGACGGGCCACUCGAUGUCUGUAUGUGUAUUUCAUGGGAGUCUGCCCUGUAUAAGAAAUGGUGGCCUCAAAUCGCAAUCCCGACGUUCAGAGUCGUGUCGUCAAAAUGUUUACAAAGAGUUCGAGUUGGCGAACAAAUAUCUUUAGUAAAGAUGAAGCUUUCGUGGCCGUUGUCGAGCAGAGAGGCAUUGGUACAUUAUUUCGCGUUCGAAUAUUUUCAAGAUGGCCUAAUGGUGGUCCUCCUAAACUCGAUUUCAGACUCGGAUACUAUUGAUGGAAUUAGUCAUGGAUUCACGAGGGAUGGAAUUCCGGAGCCGGAAGAAGUAGUUAGAAUUGAUGUGGUCGGAGGUUUUGCUUUGCAGAAGGUGAAUGAUAACCGGAGUUACUUCCGGACGAUAGCAAACAUGGAUAUCAAGCUCGACUUUGUGCCGCCAUCAUUCAUCAAUUUCGUCUCUAGGCAACUCAUAGGAAGUGGCUUCAAUCUCUAUAAAAAGGCAGUUGCUUCAGUUGUUUCUAAAGGUGACAAAGAAUAUCGCGAGGCUUUGGAAGGCCCGCUUUACAAACAAAUGCGCGGAUCUCUCUAUUCAGGAAAUUCUACCGAGGCCCAAAAUCUGGAAAGUCCAAAAAGAAUGAAGUCGCCUGAGGUUGAAUUCAAGCACGUGAACGAAAUCGAGUAUUCCAAAGAAGACGAUGCAGAAGGACACGAAUCAUUAUUAGACGAUCGUGCCAAGAAAAAGUCUGUAAGGUUUUCAACGGAUGAUCAAAUUACUGAAGAUUUUACAGCAGAUGAAAAGGAAACUAUUAAUGGAACAUAUAACAACACUACGGAAAAUUACGAACCCUGGAUUAUGGAAAAUGUUGCUAUAGUUAGUCCAAAGGUGAAACAAGCUCUUGACACAUUGGAAAAGGCAAUUUCGCUAUUUCAUGAACCCGGUCGAGUGAGUGAAAAUUCCGAAUCAGGGGAAAAUCGAAUUCUCGAGCCAAGAAUCAUCUCGGAUGGUCUUGCUUCCAGAACUUUCUACAGAGAUCGGAAAAUAUCACCGUCUACAAUGGGCUGGCUGUGGAAAAACGACGAAACUGACAACGUAUCGUCUUCCUCCGGCGACCACGGCGGCGACCACCGCGCCACCAGGAAGGUGGUGUCCUCCCAGUGCCGCACGGAGGAGGUGGAGCCUGGGAAAUUCGUCCGCAAGUGCGAGAAGACGGAGCAGAUCUUCAAGGACUGCAUCGGAAGGCCAAGUGAGAUGGUACAAUCUACCAAAGAAUACACUGAAGAGGAUGUGACAGAACAAAUGACCAAAGGCCCAUUCCCUUCAGAGUCUUAUUUCCCAGGGCUGCGUCGUGACAUUGAAGGGAUCGAGCAAGACUUGUUCGGAGGCAUGACCCGUUUUUUCGAGGCAGCCGAGGAUUUGAAGAACGAGUUCUUCAGCUCGAUUGGUGUACCAAACCGCCCAUCGUCUGGCGAGCGUGGGAUUCACGUCGAGGGUUCCCCUCAACCGGAAGCUCUUCCAAGUAAUGAUAGUGGCGUCGAUGGAGAUGUCGAUCUCUCUAGUUUGGCGAGAGAUGUUUGA